AUGGCACACUUCCUAUGCUCUUUCCUAGUGUUGAGUCUCUCUCUCGUCUCUUCCACUGCACAAAUACGUGGUGUUGCUCCAUUAGAUCAAAUCAAAUAUUCAAGUGCUACUUUUCCAUGUAUAAUCAGUGGAAAAGAGACAAAUUUGUCACAAGAUCGAGUCAAUGAUGAAUAUUGCGACUGUGACGACGGCAUUGACGAACCAGGCACUGCUGCCUGUUCAUACCUGCUAACAAGUGUAUUUUACUGCGACAAUGAUGGUUUUUUCCCGGAAAAUAUUCAUACGUCACGUGUUCAGGAUGGAAUAUGUGACUGUUGUGAUGGUUCAGAUGAAGAAAUUGAUGGUCAAGUAUCAUGUCCAAAUACGUGCGUGGUAGCUGCAGAGAAGCUUCGAGAGGAAGCAGAACAGCGUCUUAAAAUGGUGCAAAUUGGGUUUGAGAAACGUCAAGUGAUGAUUAAUGGAGAGAUUGCACAAUGUUUUGAAGGAAUGAAAGAGUCAGAGAAGAUGACGGAGAAGAAAUUGGCGUCCUUGGAGCUGCUGAAAGACCGCGUGACCGUGCACAAGGAUCGUGAAGAGUUGAAGGAGAGGAAAUAUCGUCUAGAGGUUGCGAGACAAAAACAGGUGAAGUAUGUUGAUGACGAUCAGGUGAAACAGGAGCCGAGUGCACAAGAUGUUUCGGUUGCAGAGGAGAAAGAAACGGCUGAAGUGUGGGAGUUUGAAACACUUGAUGCCAUUCAAGUGGCCGAUGACAAUGUGCCUAUCAACACAGCGGACGAUGAACGCGCGUUGGAGGUUUUGGAAUCGAAUUGGCAGACGGUAAAGAGUCGGAUUGUGCUGCCAGAUGGCACAAAGAUUUCUUUGGCAGACUAUCUACGCAUGAACCAUAACGAGAAGUCUACACGCACCGCAACGGAAAUCGCUGACCCGCUAUUCAAUGGGGCAUCGAAAGGUCGAAAAAAGAUUGGGUUGCUUGCGCUGCGAGCUAUCGGUAUCAUCAUUUCACCUGUUCGCGUGCUAGUAGAAGUAUUGCUGUACAGUCCGAGAGUUCUAUGGAGUGUGCUGUCGACACCUGAACUUGCUGGUCCAGUCAUCGACAAGCUGCCGAGUUUUCCGUCUCCGUCAAGUUCAUUCUGGUUCCGUCGACUCGGUGAAGGCAGUGUUUACAACAUUUACAACGUUUUUAUGUGGAGCGCGCAGGUUGUUUGGGAUACACCGGUUUAUGCUUACCAUUAUCUGUUUCCCACGCUGGAUGAUGAGGUGAAAUUGCCAUUACCGGAGUCACUGCGGAUAGUACUUCGCGAAAUCGAGUCCGAAAUUGCCAUGCUGGAGAAAGAUCGAAACGAAAAGCAUGAGACGGCAAGAAUGGACUACGGUCCAGACCGUGCGUAUUAUGCGCUAAAGAGCAAAUGCAUUGAGAAACGAAUUGAGAAAUACAUGUACAAAUUCUGUGCUUUCGGAGAAGUCAAGCAGGAUCAAACAAGUCUUGGCAAGUGGGAUGACUGGAACGGCGAAGCGGACUAUAAAUCACCAUCAAGUGGCAAGCUGGAUUACACGAGCAUGCGGUACUCCAAGGGUCAACAAUGCUACCAAGGCCCAGCGCGGUCCGUGCUGGUACACCUCGAGUGCGGCGAAAACGAUGAGAUAUUGGAUGUUGAUGAACCUUCUACUUGCGUAUACGAGAUGACUGUUCGCUCUCCAUUGGCAUGCACUGCUCAAGUGUUUGCUGAGGCCCAAACAGACGUGGCGUUCUGGUCACAAAAGCAGUUACGAUAA